CUAACUAUCAAAACUGUUUUCUGCUCUCUGGGUUUCAACCUAGUUGGCGGUGACAUAGCUAAAUGCACCAAGAAGGUCGGAAUUGUUGGUAAGUACAGGACCCGUUAUAGUGCCUCCCUCAAGAAAAUGGUGAAGAAAAUUGAAAUCAGCCAGCACACCAAGUACACUUGCUCCUUCUGUGGCAAAACCAAGAAAAAGAGAAGAGCUAUGGGGAUCCGGCACUGUGGUUCCUGCAUGAAUACAGUAGCUGAUGGUGCCUGGACCUACAACACCACUUCUGCCAUCACAGUAAAGUCUGCCAUCAGAAGACUGAAGGAUUUGAAAGAUCAGGAGAAGCUCCACAAUUUGAAACAUUGCUAACCUAUAAUAAAUGGGUUAAUUUAUGUAACAACAACAACAAACUUUUCUAAUCCUCAAACUCACAUUAACUGACAGGCAAAAGGAAUCCACAGACAUGUUAAAUAAGAGGAAAGUCAGCCUAAAAUGAAAAAAAAUCACCCACCACUGAUAACCCAUAGUGGUAACUAUAGAAAGCAAUAACCACUGUAUCAUGAAGCCAUAAGCUCUGAAGCAGGACUAUAUGGGUGCAAAUUCUGGCUCUCUCAUGAACUAGCUGAGCGACCCUGGGCGAGAUAGUUAAAUUUUCUGUGCUCAAUUUCCUCAGGUGUAAAUGGAUAAUAGCAUCUACCUUAUUGAGUUGUUUCAAGGAUUCAAUAAGCUAAACCAUGUUUGUGCUUAAAACAGUAACUAGUUCAUAGCAAACACUCAAAAACUGUUUUUCUUAUAUUUUAAACAAAAAUACAAGACCGAUAUAAAGACAUCCUCUCAGUUUCAUACAUCUUUACUCAGCUUUCUACUGAUUAAAUCUAAUAAUUUAGUCAUCCUUAAUUGGCAAAGAUUUUGGUUCUCAAGUUCAAGUUCUGCUAACUUACAUAUAUCAUUCUCUUGGAUAACAACAUAACUUGGAGGAAAGUAAUUCACGAGGUCACUUACCAGAGCUUAAUCCAUUCUAAUCAGAUAAACUCUAAAUUCACUUUUAAGGCUGACAAAAAAAAUCAUCCGUUUUUAAGUUUAAGCAGGCUUCUCUCUACUAUUACUCAAAGGUCCUUCCUGGUCAACAGGACACUCUCAUUUCAAGAACACACCCAUCAUCAUCUUGAGCCUAGAAAGUCAAUGGUCAAUUACAACUAGAAUGCUUGGGCAAUGACAUGAACAAAGUCCUGGGUACCAAUGGAGAAAUCUUGGGAAGUCUCUUCUCAUCUAAUGUCUGACUCAUUCUGUGUCAGGAAAAAAAGACAGCAAGUUACUUACUUAGAUGCGAAAUCCCUAGUCAUUUUCACGCUGGGAGCAUAAAGUCACUAUCCACCUUAAAUACAUCAGAACUUCUCAGUAAAAUCACUGAAGACUGCUGCUAUUGCUGCUGCCCAUACAUGAGGGAAUGCACUAAAUAUUCAAACCAGAAAUAAAUCACAGAUUAUUAUACUCAACAGCAACAGGAUUUUCCGGCACCUGCAGAACAAAACUCUUCCAUGAAAGAACUGAGUUUAAAGGCAACUUAACUUCCUACUUAAAAAACUGAAGCUCAACAAGUUGGCAAAAAAUGGAACUGUGAGGAUAUACUACAAUGUUCCUUCACGCCAACAAAAAACUGAAACUUCACCCAGCAUUUCACGUAAAAGAGAAAGCAAUCCAUUUGCAGC